AUGAUCAUCUUCAACUUAUUAAUCUACUUCAUGGCCCAUCUCCGCCGCGACGCAGGCCAUUUCUUCUUCUUCUGCCUCACAUCAUACCUCACCACGCUCGUCAUGUCAUGCAUCUACCGCACCCUUGCAUGCGUCACCCGCACAACCCACCAAGCCAUGAUUCCCGUGUCGAUUCUGAGUCUUGGACUUAUGAUUUACACGGGCUUCACCAUGCCGACGGAUUACAUGCUUGGUUGGUCGAGAUGGAUGAACUAUAUCAAUCCUUUGGCUUAUGCUUUUGAGGCGUUGAUGGCGAGUGAGUUUCAUAAUCGCAAGUUUGCUUGUGCGGGGAUGGUUCCUCAGGGGCCGGGGUAUGAUGACCUUCCCGCCGAUUCUCGCAUUUGCUCUGUUGUUGGUGCCGAGCCUGGAUCGUCUGUUGUCGAUGGCGAUAGGUACAUCAACAUGUCGUUCAAGUACUACAACUCCAACAAAUGGCGAAACAUCGGUAUCCUUAUUGGCUUCCUCUUCGGCUUCCUCAUCCUGUACAUCAUUGCAGCUGAACACGCCAAGCCUCCCAGGAACAAGGGAGAGGUCCUCGUCUUCCGCAAGGGCCGCAUGCCUUCCAACUUUGAGAAAGACCACGGCGAUGUCGAGACUCAAGCCACCGACCGACCUGUCGUCGCUGAAAAGGUCAACAACAACCCUUCCAGUGGACUCACUGCUGGCGCAUCUGUGUUUCAUUGGGAAGAUCUCUGCUACGAUAUCCAGAUCAAGGGUAAGGACCGUCGAUUACUGGAUCACGUUGACGGAUGGGUCAAGCCCGGUAAAUCCACAGCUCUGAUGGGCGUGUCUGGCGCUGGCAAAACAACCCUUCUCGACGUCCUAGCAACCCGCGUAACAAUGGGCAUCGUCUCCGGAAACACCCACAUCGACGGCCUCGCAACCGACUCCUCCUUCCAACACCGCGUCGGCUACGUCCAGCAGCAAGAUCUGCACCUCACAACAAUGACAGUCCGCGAAGCCCUCGAGUUCAGCGCGCUCCUCCGCCAAUCCGCCGAGAUUUCACGCGCUGACAAACUCGCGUACGUAGAGCAUGUCAUCGACAUGUUGGACAUGCAGGAGUUUUCAGAUGCUGUUAUUGGAACGCCGGGUGAGGGGUUGAAUGUUGAGCAGAGGAAACGAUUGACGAUUGGUGUUGAGUUGGCGGCUAGACCGCAGUUGUUGGUGUUUUUGGAUGAGCCGACUAGUGGGCUUGAUUCACAGACUAGUUGGGCGAUUUGCGAUCUUAUUGAGAAGCUUACAGCUAGUGGACAAGCGGUCUUGUGUACCAUUCAUCAGCCCUCUGCGAUGUUAUUCCAGAGAUUCGAUCGCCUGUUACUCCUCGCACCUGGCGGAAAGACAGUUUACUUCGGCGAUCUCGGCGAACAAUCUCAGACUCUUCUCAAGUACUUCGAACGCAACGGCGCACCCCCCUGUCCCGAAGACGCCAACCCAGCAGAGUACAUGCUCGAGAUCAUCAAGCCCUCCAACGACGAAGAAGCCGAGAAGAUCGACUGGCACCAGAUCUGGAGAGAUUCACCUGAGUUUCAAGACGUCAAGCAGGAGCUUGCACGACUCAACUCUCUACCCUCUACGCGGGGAUCAACGACGAGUGCGUUGGAGAGCGGUGAUGCGUCGCAGCACAAGGAGUUUGUGGCGUCGUUCUCGACGCAGUUUCGGGAGGUGUUGAUUAGGACUUGGAAGCAUUUUUGGAGGUCGCCUACAUACAUCUGGUCUAAGAUCGCAUUGAUCGUUCUUUCGUCUCUUUACAUCGGAUUCACGUUUGAGGCCAAGAAUACCAUUCAAGGCUUGCAGAAUCAGCUUUACGCUAUCUUCAUGUACAUGGUUCUCUUCCAGAGUUUGAGCGACCAGAUCAUGCCCAUGUUUCUACCUCAGCGCGAUCUCUACGAAGUCCGAGAGCGACCAUCCAAGAUCUACCGCUGGAACACAUACAUCCUGUCCAACAUCAUCGUCGAAGCAGCUUGGAACACCCUCAUGGCUGUCGUCAUCUACUUCACCUGGUACUACCCCGUUGGCUUCGUGCGCAACACCACCUCCGACGACCAAGCCAUUCGAGGCUUCCUUGUCUUCUUGUACCUCUGGAUGUUCAUGCUCUUCACCAGCACUUUCUCUCACGCGGCUAUUGUUUGUAUCGCUACUGCUGAAGAAGCUGGUGUUAUCGCGACUUUGUUGUGGAUGCUGUCCAUUUCGUUCUGCGGUGUCGGUGUCGCUUACAAAGACAUCCCCAAGUUCUGGACCUUCAUGUACCGUGUCUCACCAGCGACUUACAUCGUCGGCGGUAUCAUGUCGACUUGUGUCUGGGGCUCCAACGUCAAGUGUGCAGACAACGAGAUUCUCCAGAUGGCUGUUCCUGGUAACAUGACCUGUGGUGACUACAUGGGUCCUUUCAUAAAGGCAGCUGGUGGUUAUCUUCUCGAUCGUUCAUCGACUGAUGUCUGCAAGUACUGCUCGCUUGCGACAACGGAGGAGUUCUUGCAUCGGUUCAACAUUGACUAUGAUGAUCGGUGGUGGCACUUUGGACUUCUUUGGGUGUACAUCUUUGUCAACGUUGCUGGUGCCUUGGGCUUCUACUGGUUGUUCAGGGUGCCAAGGGGAAGUGGUGUUAAGAGGGCUUAA